AUGGCAACGCCAUCAUCGUUGUUCGUAGCAUUGAAGUGGUUGUUCAUCACGAUGACAUGUAUAAUGGCAGCUGCGCUUGUUUACUUACUCGCCAUGGAUCACUACUCUUCAUGUUUUGGACUGCAACUUGGGUGGAUGCAAGUGUUAGAUAUAGAUAUUAUCAUCUAUUUUCUUUUUAUAGCGGCUUGGUUUUUCUACAAGGAAUCAGGCUGGAUCAAGGCAUUCGUUUUCUUUGUAUUAGUACUUUGGUGUGGAAGCUUCGUGACCUGUGGAUACAUCGUUAUACAGUUCUUCAAGUUGUCAUCUGAAGAAUCGUCAAAAGAUCCAUUAUACUUUGUGCUGGCUGGACAUCAAAAAGGGGAUAUCAUGGGACACCGGAAACAACAUUCGAUGGUAAUAGCAAAAGUAAUCGUUGCUGUACUAGGCUGCUACAUGCUGGGAAUACUAAUUUACGCCUUUAUGAUCAAUGGAAUGCCAUUCCAUAUGGAAAUACUUACGCCGUGUAUGAUAACUGGGCUGAUUGACAUCCAUAUCCAUAAUGUGGUUUUUACGGUGUGGAUAUUAUAUAAGGAAUCAAGUUGGAUAAAUGCUGUCCUUUGGAUACUUUCGGUUGUAUGUUUUGGGAGCGUGGCUCUAUGUGUAUACAUAGCGCGAGAGCUAUUCCACCUGUCACCAGAGCAGCAUGUUUCCUUUAUACUUUUCAAUAAACGUAGCAGAGAUCUGAUGUCGAGUGAUCCUCUAUUGAGAGAGCAUUCCGAUGUAUAAGUACCUUGAUUCUGCAACAAGACCACCAUAUCUUUCCUACGUUCUUUUUACUAGCAAUAACAAAAUCCGGCUUUAAUUUGGUCUUUUAGGUGCUAUGGCUAUUGCUUACCUUAAUGAAAAUUAUAAGGUUAAGUGAUUCUAUGUUAUUGUACUCAUAUACAGUAACAGAUUCAAUACAUCCACUUUUAAUGAGAAAAUCUUCA